AUCCACACUCGCACUGAAGACACUGUUCGGAGCACUGAUUGAAUUAAUGCUCGUUUACUGUGUAUUGAAAGGCAAUCAAUUGAAAGAGUAUUCAGUGGUUUCUUCGGACAUCUCGUCGACCAUCGGAUCCAUGGCUGAGACCCAGAGUCAGGCGUAUUGUCUCCGGCGGGCGAACCACAUGUCAGACAUGAUUGAGUCCUUCGACCGUAUGUUCAAAGACGAGUCGAUGACUGACUGCGCCCUCAUGUGUGCCGAAGGACACGCUCUCAAAGCCCACCGUAUGAUCCUCUCCGCCAGCUCUCCCUUCUUCAGGACUGUCUUCGACCAGAUGUCCAAUCAGUGGCCAAACUAUCCCAUGGUUUACCUCAAAGACAUGCCAAUGGCUGAUCUGAGAGCCAUCAUUGAGUUCAUAUACACCGGCGAAGUGACUGUCAGUCAGGAACAGCUCGAGUCAGUGAUCCGGUCGGGCGAAGCGUUGCGUAUCAAAGGUCUCGUCGAUAUCGAUCACCGCAGAGACAACGCCUCCAAAACUGCGACAACCAUUUCCAGGAGAAAACGCCGGCGAAGGCAUCGACGCAAGUCUGCCGUCACUGAAAAUCACAAGAAAGACACCCAAAACGAGGCCAACAAUGAAGACAACAAAGACGCGCAGUCUUUAGACGAAUCAAUGAGUGAGUACUCGGAUGAGGGAGAGAGCGGUGAGUCAGUGGUGGAGAUGGCAACUGAUUUGAGUGGUUCCCGGGCUUACAAUGAGAGCGUCGGCGCCUCCGAGGAUGGCAUCGAACCCUCACGACUGCUCGAACAGUCUAUGAUCACCGGAGAUACUCAGGAAAGUAAUAGUAUUAACCAAUACUCUACUUCUUCGACACCUCAUCUCAUAGCUAACGUCGAGGCAGAAGAUGUAAAGCCCGUGAUAUAUGACGAGCCAAUUGCUCUCAUAUCGUCGGCAUUAAGAGAUGAGUGUAACUCCGAUUCACAACAUCUCAAUAACAACACAAAUGAUAGCCAAGAAUCUCAUAAUUUCGACACAUCGGGCGUACAAUCCAUUGCCGGCACGAGUCGUUCAAAUCACUUUGGAUUCAAAGACAAACGUAGAUCAAAGUCGGCGAAGAAAGGGCUACUCUCAAGACUGGGAUCUCAAUCGAUGUUUCACAUGCGUCAGCAGCGGUUCCACUGCCAUAUAUGCCAUCAGGGAUUCACUGCUAAACGCAAUUUGCAGCGACAUAUGCAGAUUCAUAACUAUUAUAGAAAUAAGUUUGAGUGCGAGUUAUGUCAGCGACAGUUCUCUUGGAAACACACACUUAAUAUUCACAGAGAAAAAGCACAUAAUAUUAACCCAUAGCCAAACAUUACCACACAAUUCAUUCAAUUUGAUUACAUUACAUAAUAUUAUUAUUAAUUUG